AUGGACCUCACUGAUCUCCAGCUGGGCACAAGGAACCUGUGGAGCUGUCUUGUGGAUUUUCUCAGCAAAUAUCCAGAAUGGCUGAAUGCCAAGGUGAAGUUCUUCCUCCCCAACAUGGACUUGGGCUCCAGGACCGAGACCCCAGACCCUGCACAGGAGAUCAUCCUACAACUCAGCAGACUCCACGCCCAAAGUCUGGCCACCUGGCAGGCAUUCAUCCACUGUGUGUGCAUGGAGCUGGACGUACCCCUGGAACUCGAGGUGCCACUGCUAAGCACCUGGGGUCGUGAAGACGGGUUCCCCAGCCAGCUUGGAACUGAUACAGAAGGCUGCCCCAAUUCUCGGCUCCACCCUGGUCUCAAGAGGCCUCAUCAGAGCUGCGGGUCCUCACCCCACAGGAAGCAGUAUAAGAAACAGCAGCUGGAGUUGGCCAGGCAGUAUCUGCAGCUCCUGAAGACCUCUACCCAGCAGCUCUACGGCAGCGGGCACUCUGGGCCAGGGCAGCCCCUCUCCCUUCACAUUACCCCAAUUCUGCAGAGGAGCCGGGUCACAACACCCUUAGACACUCAGGAAGAGGCUGUUAUGGGGGACCUGAAGGCAGAAGACAGCAUUCAGGACCUCUUCAACACCAAAGCGGAAAAGGGCCGGAGGGUCACAGUGGUCUUGGGGAAGGCAGGCAUGGGUAAGACCACACUGGCCCACUGGCUCUGCCAGAAGUGGGCUGCUGGCCAGCUGGACCGCUUCCAGGCCGUGUUCCUCUUCGAAUUCCGCCAGCUCAACCUGAUUACAGGCCUCCUGACGUUACCUCAGCUCCUCUUUGAUCUCUACCUGAGCCCCACGUCGGGAGCUGCCACUGUCUUCCAGUACCUGGAGGAGUAUGCACAUCAUGUCCUGCUUAUCUUUGAUGGGCUGGAUGAGGCUCUCUACCCCUGCUCCAGCAAGAAGACCAAAGGCCCUGAUGCUCCAGGUCCCACCUUCUCCCUAUUCUCUGGCCUCUGUGAUGGGAGCCUCUUACCUGGCUGCUGGGUGUUGACCACAUCACGUCCAGGCAAGCUGCCUGCGUGUCUGCCUGUGGAGGCGACCAUGGUCCACAUGUGGGGUUUUGACAGGCCACGAGUGGAGGAGUAUGUAGGACGCUUCUUCAGGGACCAGCCUUUGCAGGCAAUGGCUCUGGCAGAGGUGCGGGCAGACAGGAAUCUCUGGAGCAUGUGUACGGUGCCCGCCCUGUGCCGUGUGGCCUGCCUCUGCCUCCAACAUCUGCUCCCUGGCACCUGCCCAGGCCAGGCUGCCACCCUCCUGCCCACCAUCACCCAGCUCUAUGUACAGAUGGUGCUCACCCUCAGCCCCCACAGGUGCCCACCCACCAUGGCCCUCCUGGACCUUGGUGACGUGGCCUUGAAGGGCCUGGAGGCUGGGAAGGUUGUCUUCUAUGCAAGAGACAUCCUUCCACCCGUCAUGGCUUUUGGGGCUGCUCACAACUUGCUGACUUCCUUCUGUGUCCGCACAGAUGCUGGGCGUCAGGAGACGGGCUAUGCCUUCACCCACCUCAGCCUGCAGGAGUUCUUCGCUGCCCUGCAGCUAAUGGCCAGCCCUAAGGUGGACAGAGACAUGGUCUCCCGCUAUGUCACCCUCCACUCCUAUUGGGUGCUGCGGACCAACACUAGCCUAGGCCUCCUAGACCACCUGCCCACCUUCCUGGCAGGCCUGGCAUCCUGUGCCUGCCGUCCCUUCCUCAGCCACCUGUCACAGCAGGAUGAGGCAUGGAUAGAUGCCAAACAGGCUGCUGUUGUGCAAACAUUGAGGAAGUUGGCCACCCGCAGGUUCAGGGGACCAAAGGUUAUGAAGCUGUGUCACUGUGUGAGUGAAACACAGGAGCCAGGGCUAGCCCGACUUGCUGCCCAAAGCCUCAACUACCCACUGACCUUCCACAAUUUUCCGUUAACCUAUGCCGACCUGGCUGCCCUCGCCAACAUCUUGAGUUACAGGGAUGCCCCUAUCCAACUGGAUUUUGAGGGCUGCCCUCUGGAGCCCCACUGCCCAGAGGCCCUGGUGGACUGUGGGCAGGUAGAGAAUCUCAGCUUUAAGAGCAGGAAGUGUGGGGACGCAUUUGCAGAAGCCCUCUCCAGGAGCUUGCCAACGAUGAAGGGCUUGGAGAAGCUGGGGUUAACAGGAAGUAAGAUAACUGCCAAAGGCAUCAGCCAUCUGGUGAAGGCUUUGUCCCUCUGUCCACAGCUGGAAGAGGUCAGUUUGCAGAACAACCAGCUCAAGGACCUGGAGGUGCUGAACAUCAUGGAGGUGCUCCCCCACCUGCCAAGGCUCCGGAAGCUCGACUUGAGCCGCAACGACAUCUCUGUGUCAACCUUACUCAGCUUGGCAGAGAAGGUAGUCAUGUGUCCAACCAUCAGAGUACUGCAGGCCAGGCAAGCAGAGCUUCUCUUCCUUUUCUCCCCGUCCACAGAGACAGCUGCAGAGCCACAAGGGAAUGCAGACCUACAGGGAAAUGCCAACCGGAAGGAAGAGGCCCAGACCAGAAGCCUGACACUCAGGUUCCACCAGUGUCAACUCCAGGCCCAUGACACCAAGGCCCUCAUCGCCCUGCUGCGGGAUAGCCCCCACCUGGAGGAAGUGGACCUUUCAGGGAACCAACUGGAAGAUGAAGGCUGUCAACUGAUCGCAGAGGCUGUACCCCAGCUGCACAUCGCCAGGAAACUGGACCUCAGUGACAAUAGGCUUUCUGCAUCUGGAGUGCACUGUGUGCUGAGCGCAAUGAGUGCCUGCUUGACCCUGGCAGAACUGCAUAUCAGCCUGCUGCACAAAACAGUGGUCCUCAAGUUUGCCCAAGAGCUGGAGGAGGAGGAAGAGGAGGGGACCCAGAAGAGGGCUGCGUUUCUGGACAACCUCCUUCCCCAGGUGCCCUCUGAGCUAUCCCUGAGCUCCAGAAGGAUCAGGCUGACGCACUGUGGUUUCCAAGCCAAGCACUUAGAGCAGCUCUGCAAGGCACUAGAAGGACACUGUCACGUCGGCCGCCUUCAUCACCUCGACUUAUCAGGAAAUGCUCUGGGGGAUGAAGGUGCCACCCUGUUGGCUCGGCUGCUCCCAGGACUAGGUACUCUGCAGUCCUUGAACCUCAGUGAGAAUGGCCUAUCCCUGGACGCUGUGUUCUAUUUGGUCCAGCUCUUCUCUACUCUGGAGUGGAUUUUCCACUUGGACAUCAGCUUACAAAGCCAGUGCUGCUUCCUGAGAGGUGACAGAAGGCGCAGGGAUGCAUUGGUUGGUGGACCUUUGCCGGAGUGCCCAGCUGGAGCCCAGUCCUUAGGGUUCGCUCAGCACUGUGACCCCAGGAGCUUCCGCCUCAGGGAGUGUCAGCUGGAGCCUUCCAACCUCACCCGCCUCUGUGGGGCCCUGAAGAAGUGCCCAGGGCCUCUGGAAGUUGAGUUGUCCUGCGAGGUCCUGAGCGACCACAGUCUGGACACCCUGCUGCACUGCUUACCCUGGCUGCCCCAGCUGAGCCUGCUGGAGCUGAGUCAGACAGGACUGUCCCCAGGGAGUCCCUUGCUGCUGGCCAACAUCUUCAACUUGUGCCCACGCGUUCAGAAGGUGGAGCUCAGGUCUCUGCAUCACGCAUCCCUGCACUUCAGGUCCAGUGAGGAGCUGCAAGGUGUGUGCUGUGGAAGGUUCUCAGCCUGCAGCCUCCGCCAGGGGCACGUGGAGCCACUGUGUCGGUUGCUAAGCAAGUGUGAAGACUUCAGGCAGCUGGACCUCUCAGCAAACCUGUUGGGUGACGAUGGGCUCAGGAACCUCAUGGAAUGUCUGCCUCAGAUGCCCAUCUCCGAUUCACUUGAUCUGAGUCACAACCACAUCUCUCUGGAAAGUGCCCUGUACCUCGUGGAGACCCUCCCCUCCUGCCCAAGGGCUCGGCAGGCCUCAGUGAACCUGGGCUCUGAGCAAAGCUUCUGGGUUCACUUCUCCAGGCGGGAGGAAGCUGAGAAGACACUGAGGUUGAGUGAGUGCAGCUUCGGCCCAGAGCACGUGCCCAGACUGGCCACUGGCCUGAGCCAGGCCUCCCAGCUGACGGAGCUCACACUGACCCAAUGUGGCCUGGGCCUGGAGCAGCUAACCGUCCUUCUUAGACUAGUGAGGCGACCGGCGGGGCUGCUUCGCUUGAGGGUGCAAGAGCCGUGGGUGGGCAGAGUUGGGGUGCUCGCGCUGCUGGGAGCCAGCACCCAGGCCUCAGGCAACAUCACUGAAAUAAGCAUCUCUGAGACCCAGCAGCAGCUCUGUGUCCAGCUGGAAUUUCCCCGUCAGGAGGAGAACGCAGAGGCCGUGGCCCUCAGGCUGGCUCAGUGUGACCUUGGGACCCACCACAGCCUUCUCGUCACGCAGCUGAUGGAGACAUGUGCCAAGCUGCGGCAGCUCAGCUUGUCCCAGGUUAACCUCUGUGACACCAGCUCCCUGCUGCUGCAAAGCCUCCUGCCGUCUUUCUCUGAGCUGAGGAAAUUCAGGCUGACCUCCAGCUGUGUGAGCUUCGAGGGCCUCACCCACGUGGCAUCUGGCCUGAGCCACUGUCAUGACCUAGAGGAGGUGGACUUGUCUAACAAUCAGUUCAGCGAGGAGGGCACCAAGGAGCUGGUGGGGACUCUGGAGGGGAAGUUCAGGCUGAAGAGACUUGACCUCAGCUCCCUUCCUCUGGGAGGCUGGACCCUAGAUGUGCUCACUCAAGGACUAAGCCACAUGACCCUCCUGCAGAGCCUCGUUCUGAGCAGGAAUGGCAUGGGGGAUAUCGGCUGUUACCACCUUUCUGAAGCUCUCAGAAGUGCCACCAGCUUGGAGGAACUGAGCUUGAGCCACAACCAGAUCGGAGACGUGGGUGCCCAGCACUUAGCUGCCGUAUUGCCGGGACUGCCUGAGCUCAGGAAGAUAGACUUCUCAGCAAAUGGCAUUGGCCCUGCGGGGGGAGUGCAGUUGGCCGAGUCUCUGAGCCUCUGCAGGCGCCUGGAGGAGCUGAGGCUUGGGUGCAAUGCCCUGGAGGAUCCCACAGCCCAGGUGCUGGCUCGUGGGCUGCCUUUGCACCUGAGGGUCCUUCGUCUGUCCUCCAGCCGCCUGGGUCCAGAGGGGGCGAUGAGCCUUUGCCAGGCUCUGGAUGGAUGUCCACAGUUGGAAGAGCUGAGCUUGGCAGAGAACAGCCUGGCUGGAGGGCUCCCACUGUUCUCUGAGGGGCUCCCGCUGCUCAAGCAGAUCGACCUGAUUUCAUGUGAAAUUGACAACCAGACUGCCACACUCCUUGCUGCCAGCUUUGUGCUCUGCCCAGCCCUGGAAGAAAUCCUAUUGUCCUGGAAUCUCCUCGGAGAUGAGGCAGCUGCCCAACUGGCCUGUGUCCUGCCGCAAAUGAGUCGGCUGAAGAGAGUGGACUUGGAGAAGAAUCGCAUCACAGCCUAUGGAGCCUGGCUCCUGGCUGAAGGGCUGGCCCAGAGGCCUGGCAUCCAAGUCAUCCGCCUCUGGAAUAACCCCAUCCCCUCUGACAUGGCCCAGCGUCUGCAGAGCCAAGAGCCCAGGCUGGACUUUGCCUUCUUCGAAGACUAUCCCCAGGCCCUUCAGAGUACUUGA